CAGUUCAAUUUUGUAAGUAUAUCAAGAAGUUGGUAAUCUCCUAAGAUUGCUAAUGUCUUCAAUUCAAGGAUUUUCCAAACGUUCGGAUCUUUAAGCAGCUUUGGCGAGCAACAACAACACUCUUAAACUUGGCUUAUCGCCAUUGCUUUGGUUCCUAGCAAAGGAGAUGAAGGGAAAAGAAACACCGAUGAACUGGGUAAUCAAAAUUGAGGGGGAACGCUUGCAAAUGUGUCCAUCACAGGAGGCUGAGAUUUGGAAAAGACGUUCGAUUUACAGAGUACCCGAGCAUGCUAAGGCCCUCAACAAGAAAGCCUAUGAGCCAUUGACAGUCGCCUUCGGUCCCUACCAUCACAAUGACAAGCACCUGAUGCCCAUGGAGGAACACAAGAAAAGAGCUCUGCUUCACUUUCUCAAGAGAACAAAUAAACACUUGCAAGAGUUUGUAAAACCACUAGAGGAAGUGGUGCUAGAACUUAUGGACUCUUACGAUAAGCUUGAUGAGGAAUGCAGAGAUAGAGAGAGGUUCUUGCAGAUGAUGGUCCUAGAUGGAUGUUUCUUGCUCGAGAUCUUACAUACAACAAAGGAGAUCCCUGAAGACUAUGCCAAAAAUGACCCCAUCUUCAGCAAGCAAGGAAUGUACUGUAUUAUGCCUUAUAUCAGGAGGGACAUGCUGAUGAUUGAAAACCAGAUUCCUCUAUUGGUUUUAGAGAAGUUAGAAGCUGUUGUAAAAGGAACAACUGAUGUACCUAUUGUAAAAGGAACAACCAAGGAUGAUAAGCAGUCCUUAAACAGCCUCAUAUUGAAGUUCUGCACAGCCAAUUGGGAGGCCACGAAAGAAAUGGGCACCCCAGGCCUCCAUGUGUUGGACGUGUACCGGAAAAGCAUGCUAGGCCCCUGUAAAAUAGGUCCUAACCAAUCUCAGAAAACCCCCAGCAAGAUCAUGCGGUCUGCAAUGGAGCUUCGUGAGGGUGGAAUUCACUUCAGGAAGAGCAAUACCAACAGCCUCAAAGACAUUGACUUUGAAAAUUGUGGCACCCUAAAACUCCCAGCCAUAACCAUCGACGAUGCCACGGAGCACACAUUCCUCAAUCUGAUGGCCUUUGAGCGGCUCCACAAUGGUGUUGAUCAACCUGCAGUUACAUCCUACGUCUUCUUCAUGGACAACAUCAUCGACACAGCUAAAGACGUACACCUCCUACGGUCAAAAGGGAUCAUCAACAAUGCACUGGGGAGCGAUGAUGCAGUUGCAAAGCUCUUCAAUAGCAUAACGAAUGACAUUACCCUCGACCCCGAAUGUAGACUGAGGGUGCUGCACCAGAAUGUGAACCUCUACUGCACUAAGAGAAGGAAUAGGUGGAUGGCUAACCUCAGGCACUACUAUGUUCAUAACCCUUGGGCAAUUAUCUCCAUCAUUGCAGCCAUCUUCCUUUUGGUCAUUGCUGCACUCCAGAACGUAUACACAGUCCUUCCUUACUACAGAAAUAAUAGCUGAUGGGCUGAGCCAUUGGUGAUUGAUCCUCUCUGCUUUUGGGCUCUUUUCCUUUUUCAUAGCGGCUUCCUGGUAGUGUAUCAGAAUGAUUUGAUAAUGUGUGCUAUCAUUGUAGUGUUUGUAUUGCGUGCAUAUAGAUGCUUUUCCUGAGCUAAUAAAAGUCAAGGGACUUAUAGAUGAGUUUGUGCUGAA